UGAUGGAUAUAGAAAAAAUCCCACUGGAUUGUUCAGAAGGCACUGGAAGACUGAGGAGCAGGGGCGGACUGACAACACAUGGGGCCCCCGGGCAAUAGGGGAUCAUGGGGCCCCUGUGUCCUUUCCCAAACUCAAAAAAGCCUAUGAAAAAGGUACCAGGGGCAUCUCAUGGGGCCCCCUACUGACCCCGGGCCCUCAGGCAGUGCCAGAGUUUUCAAAUGGUCAGUCCGCCCCUG